CUUUUACGGAUUAAUUAACUUGUAGUAUUCUUGUGAAUCGAAUGAACGUUUCCUUUAUAAUCGUUUAACCUUGAAGUUUGGAGUAGACAUUUAUGGUAGCCCAUGGAUGUUAUUGUGUAGACACUGGCAUAUUCUGUGAUGUAUCUACUUUCUGUACUUAUUGCAAUUAUUAAUUUGUCAAUGCAUCAUUGUUAAUUGUAAUGAAAGGUUAACGAAACGAGAAUGACCACAAGUAAGACUAACAGUGCGACAGCACGCCUAAAACAAGACUAUUUGCGGUUGAAGAAGGAUCCAGUUCCCUAUGUUGUAGCAGAACCGUUACCAGCAAACAUUCUAGAAUGGCAUUAUGUUGUCACAGGACCAGAGAACACUCCAUAUGAUGGAGGACUGUAUCAUGGGAAACUUGUGUUUCCAAGAGAAUUUCCAUUCAAACCUCCUGGCAUAUACAUGAUCACUCCAAAUGGAAGGUUCAAGACCAACACGCGUCUCUGUUUAUCGAUAAGCGACUUUCAUCCUGACACCUGGAACCCUGCCUGGAGUGUGUCCACCAUCCUCACAGGACUCCUCAGCUUUAUGAUCGAGAGAAGUCCAACACUGGGAAGUAUCGAGUCAUCCGAAUAUGAGAAAAGACAGCUGGCUGGUCAGAGCUUGGAGUUCAACCUCCGAGAUAAUGUGUUCUGUGACCUGUUCCCAGACAUGGUUACCAGCAUCAAGACUGAACUUGAAAGACGGGCUGAAGUGGAACGAGCUGCUCGAAGCAACCCCCAGUCUGUAACAUCAAACGACAUGGAAGCAUUGUUGCGGAAUCAGUUUGGCCACAAUGACCAGAGUCCACUUUACAGUGCCAUUACGAAUCUCUGCGUUGUGAUAGGAUUUGCAGCUUUUGCUUAUACGGUCAAGUACGUGCUGAGGAGUAUCGCUACAGAGUGAAGUCGGCCGGACAACUCGUCACUUAUCGUUUUCACCCCCAUUCUCUUUCCAGACUUUGUGUCUCAUUUUUAAUUGUUAAACUUGUGUUCUGAUUUACAUCUCAUAAAGAGUAUAUGCAAUUUGCCGUGGAGGCCUGAAAUUUCUGGUGAAAGUAAAGAUUAAAGGUGGGUACUUAGUAGAGUUCAUAGACUGGAUGAAACACAAGAUAUUACUUCCUAUACCAGCAUAUGAACAGACAUGACAGGUAUAUUCAGAAACGUUUAUGAAUAAUUUCCAUUUUCAGGAAAUUCAUCUGUGACUGCUUUGCUGAUUGAAGUAACACAAAAAGAAAACUCUAACCAUAAGAUCGUAAAUUCUGCCUGCAGAAUGUGUACUUGCUACAUAAUUUCUGAUGACUUUUAAAUAUUACAAAGUGGAAGUAUUUAUUCUUAUUGAUGCUUCUCUCCUGCUUUGUUUGCCACAGUUUAUUGUUCUAUGUUUAAUGUAAUGUGAAAACUCCAGUUUUAUUUUCCUUUUGUUUUCAAUGUUACUAUCACAAAAUAUGUGAACAGGGCUGGAACCUACUAUUUUGUAGAAUAUAUUACUGUACAUGCAGUAGAACAAAGACUGUACAGAAUAUGUAUUUCUUCUGAUCCACAAAUGUUCCCAGUUGUUUAGUUUAAUAAACGUAAAAUGGACAGGUUUUUGGGCAAAUAUUUAUUUUGUAGCGCGUAAUGCAAGGGUUUAUAAUACAGUACUAAAGACUAUUGUAAGUACUGCAAUGAGAUCUGAAGGAUCAGGUUUUUAAAAAAUAAUUUGGAAAGAUAAUGCAAAUAAUAUUAAAGAUGGACUUCUUAAGUUAA